CCGAGUAGUUUUCAUGAGCCGUUUUUCUCGUGUUUACCAGCGGCCUGUUUACUUCCGUGUGAUCCCACUCGCAUUCUAACUUUAUUUCCUCAGUAAGGGUUCUUUUUGACCGGCUCCUUUUGUCAGUUGCUGCUGGCCGGAUGACUCGUCAACGCGGUUAAAGACGAGCGAGACGAGAAGAGGAAGCAAUAGGCCACCAUCUUUUUUUUUGGACGCCAGCAGCAAUAACAAGAAAGAGAGCAGGCUAGCUUCAAGUGGAGCUCUGUACUUUGACAAUUUACACUCGCUCAUAUUUCUCCCCCGCGGGAUAAAGAGGAGCAAGCCGAGGGCGGCUUCGCGUGGAGCCCCAGAAACACCCGCCGACGUUGAGCUCGUCCUCCCCGGCUAGCUUUCGGGAAGUUUCCGAUCAGAAGACUGGCUGCUAAGAAUUAGUAUUCCCCGUUCUUUAAUGUUUCCAACAGGUUUAUCUUCCCCUAACCCCCCGCCAACCCAGGAGGCAAGAGCAACGGCUACUGAUGUCAAAAACGACAGCGGCAACAUUCUGUCUUCGAAGAAGAGGAAAAUAAACGGCUCCGAGAGGGACGAGACCAGCGACACCAUCUCCCCUUCGCCUCCCAAGACCCUCACUUCCUCCUCGUCGCCGGCGCACAUCCAGAAGAAGUUGCGCUUCGAGGAUUCCGUGGACUUCAUCGGGCUGGAUGUGAAAAUGGCCGAGGAGGCUGCCGCUGCUUCGUGCUCCAACAACAAAAGCAAAGCCGUGCUCCUGGCCGCCGGCGUGGGGGGCCACCAUGCCAACGGACUGAGCAAGAGCGCGGCGGGCUCCGGGACCUUCUCCAACAGCAAGCCCGGCGCCGCCAAGAAGCUCGUCAUCAAGAAUUUCAAAGAAAAGCCCAAGUUGCCGGAGAACUACACACAGGAAACAUGGCAGAAGCUGAAGGAGGCGGUGGAGGCCAUUCAGAACAGCACUUCCAUCAAGUACAACCUGGAGGAGCUCUACCAGGCUGUCGAGAACCUGUGCUCCCACAAGAUCUCUGCCAAGCUUUACAAACAGCUGAGGGCCGUGUGUGAAGACCACAUCAAGGCCCAGAUCAAUCAGUUCAGAGAGGGUGUCCUGGACAGCGUGCUCUUCCUGAAAAAAAUAGACAAGUGCUGGCAGGAUCAUUGCAGACAAAUGAUCAUGAUCAGGGGUAUAUUUUUAUUUUUGGACCGCACCUAUGUUUUACAAAACUCUAUGCUGCCGUCCAUCUGGGACAUGGGUCUGGAGCUCUUCAGGUUCUACAUCAUCAGCGACCUGAAGGUCCAGAGCAAAACCAUCGACGGCAUUCUGCUGCUCAUCGAGAGGGAGCGCAGCGGCGAGGCGAUAGACCGCAGUCUGCUGAGGAGCCUGCUGAGCAUGCUCUCGGACCUGCAGAUUUAUCAAGACUCCUUCGAGCAGCGCUUUUUGGAGGAGACAAAUCGUCUGUACGCUGCAGAGGGCCAAAGGCUGAUGCAGGAGCGAGAGGUACCCGAGUAUUUGCAUCACGUCAACAAACGCUUGGAGGAGGAGGCGGACCGAGUCAUUACAUAUCUAGACCAGAGCACACAAAAACCUCUUAUUGCCACAGUUGAGAAGCAGCUGCUGGGUGAACAUCUCACAGCCACUCUGCAAAAAGGGCUGACGCACCUGCUGGAUGAAAACAGGAUUCAGGAUCUGUCUCUCCUCUAUCAGCUCUUCAGUCGAGUGCGAGGUGGCGUCCAGGUCCUCCUGCAACACUGGAUCGAGUACAUAAAGGCUUUCGGAAGCACAAUCGUGAUCAACCCAGAAAAAGACAAAACGAUGGUGCAAGAAUUGCUGGACUUCAAAGACAAGGUGGACCACAUCAUCGACGUGUGCUUCAUGAAGAACGAGAAGUUUGUGAAUGCCAUGAAGGAAGCUUUCGAAACAUUCAUCAACAAGCGGCCAAAUAAGCCUGCAGAGCUCAUAGCCAAACACGUGGAUUCUAAACUGCGAGCUGGAAACAAAGAGGCAACAGAUGAAGAAUUGGAAAAGAUGCUGGACAAAAUCAUGAUUAUAUUUAGAUUCAUCUAUGGAAAGGAUGUUUUUGAGGCCUUUUACAAGAAGGACCUAGCCAAGAGGUUACUGGUGGGGAAAAGUGCGUCUGUGGAUGCUGAGAAGUCAAUGUUGUCCAAAUUAAAACAUGAAUGUGGAGCAGCAUUCACCAGCAAACUGGAGGGGAUGUUCAAAGAUAUGGAGCUUUCUAAAGAUAUCAUGGUGCAAUUCAAACAGUAUAUGCAGUGCCAAAACAUUCCCGGUAACAUCGAACUGACCGUGAACAUCCUCACGAUGGGCUACUGGCCCACCUACAUCCCCAUGGAAGUGCACCUGCCUCCCGAGAUGGUGCGGCUGCAAGAGAUCUUCAAGACCUUCUACCUGGGCAAACACAGCGGCAGGAAGCUGCAGUGGCAGUCCACGCUCGGCCACUGUGUUUUAAAAGCGGAAUUUAAAGAGGGCAAGAAGGAGCUGCAGGUGUCACUUUUCCAAACACUCGUGUUGCUGAUGUUCAACGAAGGGGAGGAGUUCACCCUGGAGGAGAUCAAACUGGCCUCAGGAAUAGAGGAUAGUGAGCUGCGUCGCACUCUGCAGUCACUGGCGUGUGGCAAAGCGCGCGUCCUCACCAAAAUCCCUAAAAGCAAAGACGUGGAGGACGGCGACAAGUUCUCCUGCAACGACGAAUUCAAACACAGGCUUUUCCGAAUUAAAAUCAACCAGAUCCAGAUGAAAGAGACGGUGGAGGAGCAGGCCAGCACCACAGAGAGGGUCUUCCAGGAUCGACAGUACCAGAUCGACGCCGCCAUUGUGCGCAUCAUGAAGAUGAGAAAGACUCUGAGCCAUAACCUUCUCAUGUCCGAGGUGUACAACCAGCUCAAGUUCCCCGUCAAGCCUGCUGACCUGAAGAAGAGGAUAGAGUCUCUCAUUGACAGGGACUAUAUGGAGCGUGACAAAGAGAAUCCCAACCAAUACAACUAUGUGGCUUAGAGAACAAACAAAAAAAGAAGUGACAGUGAGAAAGAGGUACAGAGGGUCACGAGUGACCCGUGUCUACGAAACUUUUUGCCCCGGUGGAUGUUAGCAUUGUCAUCGUCAACCCAGCCACCGACGAGCUGAAUGGAAGCCGCUCCGCAGGAUGUUUGUCAGAGGGUCUUAAGAUUCUGUGGACUGCGCCUCCAUCGAGAGAGAGAGUUUUGUCCAAACAUCUCAGUGCCUCUGAGCUCAUUGGACAAAAGACUCACACGUAUACAUACACACACACACUUUGCUGUUUUUUUUUCCUUUUCUUUUUUUUUCAAGCAAGGGAAAUAUUUAUUUUCAAACUUUUUUUGUCCACACUUUGAAACAAUAUGCUCUUUGUUACCGAGUCACUUUGCCCUUUCUUUUUUUUUUUUUUUUUUUUAAAUGGUCACCCCCUUGUAAAUGCCAACACACAUUCAAAAACGUUCCAAACACAUUACAAAUGUCUUUGUUUCCUCAGCCCCUGUCAAAUAUGAGACUACAUGGGUGGUGUAGGUGUCAAAUUCAGAUUGUCAAAGCUGUGAUGGGCUUCACAAAACAGAAAAAAAGGAUAAUUUUAUUAUUCAAGCCGCUACACCAUCAAGCGCUCCAUCUUUGAUAUUUUUGUUUUUCAUAUCUGGCAUGACAUUUUAACCUGCUUCUG